AUGCUAUUAUAUAUCCUUUUGUAUUGUGUGUCGUCAUUUGUUUUUCAAGUGCAAGGAGAAUCUAGGUUAGUCGGUGGUGACAAAGUACCACUUGGGGUUGGUGGUUUUCAUGCAUCAUUACAAAACCUCACAGGACAUCAUGUUUGUGGGGGAGCAGUUGUUUCUCACAGGCAUAUCGUUACUGCAGCGCAUUGUCUUAUUGGUGCAAACCCGUCAUAUAUAAAAGCAGUUGUUGGAACGACAGACUUGGACAUUCCAGGUUUCGACUAUGAUGUUGAAUUAAUACAUAUUCAUCCUAAAUACAAUAGAACCACUAGAAUUCAUGAUAUAGCAGUCGUAAAGAAAAAUGGCGAAUCUAGCCGAAGAAUGUUGAUGCUGGAAGUUCCAGUUUUUAAUCAGACCACUUGCAGAUAUGCAAUGCGAUAUGCAAGGAAAGUCUAUGAUACUAUGUUUUGCACUUUUACUAACAUUGGACAAGGUACUUGUCAUGGCGAUUCCGGGGGUCCGUUAGUACGGAAUAACAAAUUGGUGGGCUUAGUGUCGUGGGGAAUACCGUGCGCAGUCGGGUUUCCAGACGUUCAUACACGUAUUAGCUUCUACAUUGACUGGAUACGUGAGAUAAUGGACAAGACUAAUCCAAAAUGUAAUUGUUGA